UACAGGACAGAGAAUACAAUUAUUUAGUUAAAAUUAUUUAUUCCUUUGCCUAAAUUUCGCCGUGAAUAAGAGUUUACGUUUACGGUGUAGGUUGUAUCUGAAACUGUCAGUUUAAAUGUAUAAAAUCAGUUUUGCAGUUAGUUGUCAAAUGACAAAUCAUAAAUAAUCGUAGUCUCAAACAACGCCGCUUUGCAUCAGGCCCUAGCGCCGAAUAGUUAAUUUUAUUGUGUUGAACUUAAGUACAACUACUAAUCAGUUUUAAGAUAAUAUUUCAAAAUGAGUGGUCCCAAUGGGAUGUUAUAUGGUGGUGACGAAAUUGGUGCUCUAGUGUUUGAUCCUGGGCAUCACUCAUUACGGGUUGGUUACGCGCAAGAAGAUACUCCAAAAGCUGAUAUUCCUGCUGUAAUCGGCGUCGGGCCGGCACCUCUUAUUCCUGACGCAGAGCAAAAAGUACCUGAUGGCAAUGUUACACAGAGUGGUACAAAAACCGGCAAUGAGCUCAGGCAUUACAUCGACGUCACAGAAUUACAUGUACCCAGGCCUAGUAUGGAAGUCCAGACUUAUAUGAAAGAUGGACAGAUUGAGAAUUGGGAUCUGUUUGAAAAGAUGCUGGACUAUUGUUACGCAAAGGUCAUUCGAUCUCCAUCGGAACACCAUCCAGCCCUUUUCACUGAGGCUGUAUGGACAUCAAGACCUACUCGAGAGAAAUUGGCCGAACUUCUAUUUGAAAAGUAUCAGGCACCAGCAUUCUUCCUUGUGAAGAACGCGGUACUCGCGGCGUUCGCUAAUGGAAAGUCUACAGCGCUGGUGAUAGAUGCUGGAGCAAGUCAGACAUCGGCUGUUCCAGUUGUGGAUGGAUACGCGCUGGUGAACGCCGCCGUACGAUCGCCCGUAGGCGGAGACCAUUUGGUCGCUCAAGCCAAGAAUAUGCUGAAUAAUAUGCAUAUACAAAUGUUGCCAGUUUAUAGCAUACAGACUAAAGAAGUGAUUAGAGAAAGAGAAAGAGCCAGAUAUACAUUGAAAACUCUUCCUGCUGGUCUCACUCCAUCGUGGCAACAGUAUAUGUUGAAACGUCAGUAUGAAGAUUUCUGUCAUUGCGUUGCACAGGUAUCGGAAAUAGCAUAUGAUGAGCGGACAGCUGCUGUAGUACCGGGGGUGCAUCAUGAGUUCCCCGGGGGCUAUCAUCAGGACUUUGGUCCUGAGAGGUUCAAACUCACUGAAUGCUUAUUCGAGCAGUCGUUAGGAGCACCCCACUUAGCGUGCGCAGCAGCAGCGGCCUGCGACGCAGACGCUCGGCCCGCUCUAUGGGCCUCGGUAGUGGCGUGCGGUGGGGUUGCAGCCAUGGGAGGCUGGACGGAGCGCCUCGCCAAGGAGCUGGCAGCCAGGGCUCCGUCCUCCCACCGGCUCAAGACCCACGCGGCGCCUUCGCCAGUCGAGCGGCGCUUUGCGGCGUGGAUAGGUGGUUCGAUUUUGGCCUCGAUUGGAUCGUUCCAGCAGAUGUGGAUCUCUUCCCAAGAGUACGACGAGGGCGGUAAAGGUCAACUGGAGAGGAAGUGUCCUUGAAACGAUAGCAGUUUUAAAAUUAAGAAGCACUUUGUAGUAUUAAGAAUUUUGUAUUAAUACAUUUAUUUUAUGUGCAA